AUUUUCCGGCCGAAUGGCCAUUUGAAUGAAUCGGGCACUGCCCUGAAAUUAGACGUGGCAAUCGUAGGGGCCGGGGUGGGUGGUCUCUCGGCCGCGAUUGCACUAUCGCGCGAUGGACACCACGUCACGGUGUACGAGUCUGCAGCAGAGCUUUCGGAGAUUGGUGCGGGUAUACAGAUGUCGCCGAAUGGCGUUACUUGGUGGCUCAAAUGGGGCCUGGGAGAAUCUCUGCUCGAAAAAUCGUCUCUGCCGUCGGAAUUAAAUUUGCGCCGCUGGAGAGAUGGCGACUUUAUCUCUCGGACACAACUCAACCCAGACUUUGAGCAGCGGUUUGGCGCACCAUAUCUUGUUCUCCAUCGGGCUGACCUGCACCAUGCACUCUACCAGCACGCGCUUAAACUAGGAGUGACGGUCAAGGUUUCCAGCCGCGCUGUGAACUAUGACCUAGAUACGCCCGCGUUCACACUAUCAAACGGGGAGAUCAUUAAGCCCGAUCUAGUGGUGGCUGUCGAUGGUAUCAAUUCUUUUGCGAGAACCAAGCUCCUGGGAACAACUGAGAAGGGUGGUCCACAUAAGACCGGAGUUGCGGCCUACCGGCUGAUGGUCGAAGUUUCUGAUCUCUUGGCCGAUCCAGAGACGGCGUGGAUUGUGCACAGCCGUGACCUCAACCUGUGGGUGGGGAACCAUUGCUCAGCAAUGGCGUAUACGAUUUGCAAUGGAAGUCGACUGAACCUAGUGCUUUCACAUCCCGAUGCGAGCGACACUUCGAACAUGUCCCAGGAAGAACUGACGGAGGAAAUGCUGUCUUACUUCCAUGAUUGGGAUCCAGAGCUGAUGAAGGUUGUGCAAAAGAAGAAGACAAUCCAUAACUGGCCUCUGUUCGAGGUAGAUCCUCUUGACAAGUGGGUGUCUGACUCUGGCAAAUUCAUCUUAAUUGGCGAUGCAUCUCAUGCCAUGGUGCCUUACCUCUCCAUGGGUGUCUCAAUGGCUGUCGAGGAUGCCGCUGCGUUAUCCAAAGCACUGUCCUACGCAACGGAUAAGCACAACCUGAAGCCAUUUCUCCAACUAGUGGAGCAGAUUCGCAUCAAGCGCACCAGACAGGUUCAAAAAGCGAGUCUUGCCAAUGGGCGGGUCCUCCAUAUGUGUGAUGGCCCACAGCAAGAGGCCAGGGACGCAGAACUGCGCCCUUCUGUGAAGGGGAAAUCACUGGACCGGAGCCCCUACGGUAUUAACGAUCGCGCCACCCAAGCGUGGUGUUAUGGAUGCGAUGUGGAGCGAGACAUCGAAGAGGCCUGGGCCAGCGCCGACGGAGACUGGUAA